AUGCACAUAAGCGAUGUGCAAGUUGAAACAAUUGCUGUACAACUUCCCCAGCAUUUAGCUCAUCCCAAAUUGCUUGCAGUUCAUAUUCUCUUUGCUCCUGGCGGGAAUAGACCGAUACUUACCCAAAACAGGUUACUACGUAGCACUUCCAAAAUGGUGUUAUCAAGAGGGAUAUCACUCGUUUUGAGAAAACCACUCCAGAUAUCUGCAGUACGUUUUUACAAGUCAUCAAAAGAAUUGAUUGAAAGUGGUGAGUCAGCUAUAACACUUUCGCCUGAUGGAGCAGUUGUUGUUUGUUGGCAUCCGGUUAAAACAAUUCCAUACGAAUGCACUAAACCAAUUUCAUACAAUUUAAAAUCAUUACAUAUUCCAACCUCUCCUUUAAAUAUCAGUGUAACAGAUUCACUAUCAAAUGAAUCCGCGAAGCCUACUGUAGUAGAACUGUCAAAAGCUUUUGGUGUUCCGUGGUUUCAUUUCAGGCCUAGAAAAUGUCAAAAAUCUUAUUCAUCCUAUUUUUGGGCUCCAAUUAAAGAAAGAAACAGUUUGUAA